AUGGAUGACCCAGUCAAGGAGAUUGAAGACGUUAUUCGCUCCAUCACAGAGCCUUAUGAGGCAACAACCCUUGCAGAAAACAUUGAGAAGUACUUCACUCGCGAUGCACAGGUACUCCACCCAUUCAUCAAUCAGCCAUACAGCCAAGACAACGGGAUGGAGGACUUGAAGGGGAUCUACAAGAUCCUUCGGGUCCAGUCUUUAGACAACAAGAUCGAGUUCCACGCCGUGAUGUUCAACGAGGACAAGACCGAGGGUACUAUCGAAUUGACCGAACACAUGACGAUGCGAAUGAACCCCAUCGCUCGACUCACAUCAUCUCGAGCAGCGGUGCGAUUCAUCGUACGCAUUAGCCUGAGGAAAUGCGAGGACGGGAAGUAUCGCAUCUACAGACAAGAAGAUAAUUUUCCGAGCGAUCUCACCAAGUCAGGAGUUGCUACACCUAUUCCUGGGUUGGGAAGUUUGAAUUCUGCAAUCAAAAGCUUCACUGGGUUUGCCACCGUCAAGCUGGGAAGAUUCCUUCUUGCCUAUGGAUGGUUUGGCCCAUGA